UCAGCUUCACCUGUCCUGCCCCCCCGCCCGCCGCCACAACAGCAUCCUUCCCUCAAUUGGCUUUCGGUCCUUCACAUUUUAAACCCGGCACACCCCAUCUCAUCGCGAGCUUGCUGAGCCUUUCCCCAAGUUGGACCACCUGCUUUCAUUCGUGCCCCCAGAAUUCCCCACCCUCCUGACCCUUCUUUGGUCCUCAAAUGUACCCAGCCCGAGAUUCAGUCAUUCGAUGCUCCCUGCCCCCUCCCCCAGCUCUCCAGUGCCCUGGAUUCACGUCCUUUAAAUGAUGACAGCCCCCGCCUCCCACAGCACACCCCGCCAAUGCCUAGUGCCCCCCUAAUUCUAUUCAGCUGCCCUCCGGCUCCCACGUUUCCCCAGCCCACAUCUGCUCAGCACUCCCAUUGUCCUGGCCUCCUGGAAACUCCCAGAGGCUCCCAAACAGGCAAUCACCCAACCCUUAGAAAUCUCACCCCCUCCAAAUUAGCCCCCAAUCCCUACCCCCACCCCCCCAAACUGCUCUCCAUCCUCCCAAGUCUGGCCGUCCCUCCCUGGGGCCUGACCUCGACCUUACUCUGAAGAGCACCUCUGCCCCACCCGGGUGACCUGGGACCCCGAGGUCAGAGAUGGGAUCCCUCACCUGUCUGAGGUCACAGGUCGCUGUCCUAGGGGUUGUCGCUUGCUGCUGGUGCCCCAGGGGGCUGGGCACUGAGCCUGUCCUCUCCGUCCCCAAGCAGGCCCCCAGCCACCAUGCACCAGCACUAUGCUAUCCACUUCGCCAAGGGCACCCUGCCCCCCCAGACCCCCUCCGAGAGCUACUUCUUGGAACCGGAGUUGGGGCACCAAAAAGGAUGCUGUCACCAGUGGUUCCAUGUCCCAACGACCCCUCAGGCACACGGGCACUGUCAGCCACCCCCCCAGGCACGGUGGCAGCUGGCCUACCACAGCCACUGGAGGGGCGCUGGGGGCUGUUGCUGGGGCCCCCAGACCCCCAUCCUGCAGCAGCUGUGGCCUCAGCCCCCACCUCCUAGCUCCCUGCGGCAGCGGCUUUGCCCUGUUCAGGAUGCCCAGAAGGGGCCAUCUACAACCAUCUCUGCCCCCAUGGGACUGGCCAGCGUCCCCAAGCUGCCCCCCGCACCCACCAGAGCACCUGCCAUGGCCAGCAGCGGCCCAGCCCCGCUCUCCACAGCCGGCACCCUCCUGGAGCCCAGCAGGCCCACUGCCGCCCGGCCCCUGCCCGCCCCGGCAGCCUGUGGCCCCUUCACCUCCUACAGCUCCGAUAUCCUGACAGAGGAUGAUGUCUACUGCAGCUGCCUGGCCAAGACCCUCUGCCAUGUGCCUGUCCCUGUGACCGUGGGUUUCUAUGCCCCCUUUGGCUGCCGCCUGCACAUGAUGCUGGACAAGAUCACUGCUCUGAUGGAACAGGAGGCGACGCAGCGCGAGGCCGAGGAGCUGCAGCGCGUGCAGUGGCGGCCGCGGCCCGUGAGCGGCUGGGGCUUCCCGCGGCUGCUGUGGUACCUGGUGUUCCUACAGCCGAUCAUCACCGAGGUACACCUGCGCCGCAAGAACGUCAAGUUCCUCUUCAUCCGCUUCAGCGCUUGGCAGUACGCGGGCACCGACAAGCUGUGGGCCGGCCUGGUGACCACACUGUGCGAGAGCAUCCGCCACCACUACGGCGCGCUGCCCUUCAGCGUGUACUCUGUGCUGGGCAACAAGCCAGCCACGACCGCCGGCUUCCGCCAGCGCGAGUGGCAUUGCCGGCGCCGCGUGUGCCUGGGGCUGGUGGCUCUCCUGGCGGCGCUGGGGCUCGGGGUGGCCCUGCUCUACUUGUCGCUGGGCUCCCACGCGCUGAGCCACGGCAGCGGCAAUAGCAACGUGAUGCGGGUGUUCGGCGGCGCGGCCACCACGCUGUCGGGCUCGGGGCUGCUCAUGGCCGUGUACUCGGUGGGCAAGCACCUGUUCGUGAGCCAGCGCAAGAAGAUCGAGCGGCUGGUGUCGCGCGAGAAGUUCGGCAGCCAGCUGGGCUUCAUGUGCGAGGUGAAGAAGGAGGUGGAGCUGCUCACCGACUUCCUCUGCUUCCUGGAGAUCUACCAGCGGCGCCGGCUGCGCAUCGUGCUGGAGGUCACUGGGCUGGACACGUGCUACCCCGAGCGCGUGGUGGGCGUGCUCAACGCCAUCAACACUCUGCUGUCCGACAGCCACGCGCCGUUCAUCUUCAUCCUGGUGGUGGACCCCAGCAUCCUGGCCGCGUGCCUCGAGGCCGCCGGCUCCAUGAAGGGCACCGCCGACAACGGCUACCACUUCCUCAACCGCACGGUCACGCUGCCCUUCUCUGUGCCCAUCAUGGGCCGCCGCACCAAGCUGCAGUUCCUGCACGACGCCGUGCAGAGCCGCGACGACCUGCUCUAUCGCGAGAUGACGCGACAGCUGCGGCCGCCGCGCGCGCGCUGCGGCGAGGGCGCGCAGCUGCUGGCGGUGGAGGUGCAGGUGCAGGCGCAGGCGCAGGCGCAGGCCGAGCGCACGCAGGGCCGCAUCGACGCCGAGGCCACGCGCCGCAUCCAGGAGGCGCUCUUCUGCCUGCACAACGAGCGCGACUGCCUGUACGAGUACGUGCCCGACAACGUGGUGUCCAUGCGGCGCAUCGUCAACACCGUGCCCAUCACUGUGCGCCUGCUACAGCAGCAGCAGCAGCAGUGGGACUUCGGAGGCCCCACGCCGCGCCAGGCCGUGGCCUGGGUGGUGCUCGCCAACCAGUGGCCCUGCCGCCUCAGCUGGGCGCUGCAGUGCCUGGAGGACCGGCAGCAGUCCGGGGGCGCGCCCGAGGCCCGCGCGCUUCUCUGGGACGUGUUCUGCGACAAUAGUCGCGAGCUGCACACCAUGACCAAGGCGCUGCAGAACGUGCUUGACCUGGACGGUGACCCCGAGCUCUUCGAGCGCUUUUUGGGUGCCGACUUCCCCUUUACGGUGGCCGAGGCUCAGAGCCUGCUGCGCUGCACCGUCAACCUGGACCACUCCAUCCGCCGCCGCAUGGGCCUCAUACGAGCAGUCAAAACUCUCAAUCCGCCCAGCUCGCCCGAGUCCCCAGCCCGCGAUGCGCCCCGCGCGGCCGCUGGAGCCAACCACGCCCCCGGGGCAGCCCGCGCCGCCAACGGAGCCAACCACGCCCCCAGGGCAGCUGGGUCAGGCCACACCUCAGGGCACAGCCCAGCGCAUGUCAACGACGCCCGCCACCCCGUGGGGCACGGCCCCGCGCAUGCCAGCGAAGCCCACCACCCCGCGGAGCACGGCCCUGCGCAUGCCAACGAAGCCCUCCUCCCUGCAGGGCACGCCCCUGCGCAUGCCAGUGCAGCCCGCCACUCCCCGGACUUGACGCGUGACGGCCAGCAGAGACACGCAGCUUGCGCUCUGCGGAAUGCAACUUAGAAGGAGGGACCCUGGGGGCAGCAGGGGCAACAGCUCCUCCGUCAGCCCAGAUGAGGCCGUGCGUAGGCAACCCGACUGGGCCCAAGGCCCAGGGUCCAUCCAGUGUUAGGAACGAGGCCACAUUCCGCAGGUGAAUCUGUGAGCCGGAGAGCUGCCGUCAGUGCCAAAAGUUGGCAUUGAAGGACCACUGAGGAACUCAGGGUUCAAGUGCGAUAAAUAAAGGUGUGAAAGCCAUUGAUGGGUCUUCAGGACCUGGUCUCCCUGGUUCAGCAAGGGCUGGGGAUGAGGGCUGCCCUCUCUUGCCAAGCCCACUUCCUCCCCAGGGAGUCAGCAGUGUCAGCUGGCAGCCUCAUGGCUGGCGUCCCUGGAGCAGGCGGGGCUGUCGGGGGUGUUGGGCGAGGCCCAUGCAGGAAGAUGUGCAGCAUUGACGCAGGCAAUGGAGAACGCCCAGGCCUUGGGGUAUCCAGGUCCU